AUGCGCAAGACACUACUUCUUGUGUUCAUUCAUGGCUUCCAGGGUGGCGAUAACACAUUCGGCACCUUUCCCGAACAUCUCCGUGCCCUUGUGAGCCAUGCUCUCCCAGACAUCGACGUCGUGGCUGUGACUUAUCCCAAAUUCGAAACUCGCGGAGAAUUGAAAGAUUGUGUGACACGCUUUCGAGAAUGCGGCCCUACCAGGCUUCAGAACAAAGUCAUUGACUUGGAAGUCGCGCGCUCCACACCGUCUCCCACAGUUGAUCCUUCGGUCCAUGUAAUACUAAUCGGGCACUCGAUGGGCGGGAUAGUCGCAGUGGAAACAUAUCUCCUCCUUGCGAGCGAGCAACCUAUUCAUCCCACAUCCUCAAGAAAAUAUCCCGAGAGACCCACCUUCCACUCCACUACGACCCCAAAUUCGACGACAUCCACGUCUCAUCCGACUCGAUCGCACGAUCACGACACUUCGGAGUCAAACAACUUCAUGUUCCCUCAUGUCCAAGGUAUCUUAGCCUUUGACACUCCAUUCCUCGGCCUUGCACCGGGUAUGGUCGCUUAUGGCCUUGAAGGAGGACAUAAGGUCUUCUCCAACGCUUACAGCACAUACAACGACGUCGCCUCGCUGUUUGGAUGGGGCUCAAAGUCGGAACCCAACGUUGCGUCGGCAUCAGCUAGCUCAAAGGCAAUUGGAGCCCUCCCGGCUCCCACUUCUGCAACCGCAGAUGCCGCCGCUACUCCGAAGUGGCAGUCCUGGGGUAAGUAUGCAAUGUUUGCAGGCGCGGCAGGUGCAGUUGUCGCUGGCGGCGCAGCUGCUCUCUAUUCACAGCGUGAGAAAAUCAGCGCCGGAUUGCAAUGGGCAAGCGACCACCUUCUAUUCGUGAACGAACUGUUCAGGCCGGAGUACCUUCGCCAGCGGAUCGAAAGCAUUGAAGAGAUGUGCAAAGAUCAUGGUGCGGGUUGUGCGAAUCUCUACACGAAUUUGGGCAAAGGCGCGCGAGAAGGGUACGGGAUCACCGCCAGUGUGGCAGGAAAGGAGCGGACAUUCUGCAACCUGCCCGUCCAUGUGAGCAAAGACAGCAAAGAAGUUAGGGACGGUAAAGGAAAUGGGUUCAGAUGGGUGAAAGCUAUCAAUGACAAGGCAGUGGACGAAACCACUGCGCAUAUAUCCAUGUUUAUCCCGCGAGACAACCCCGGAUUCUACACCUUAGGAGAGCAAGCGAAAGAGUGUAUCACGGCCUGGAUUGACCAAGGCUGGUACCGUGCGAGCAAUGGGCCGACAUUCUUGGGGAAAGACCACAGUAUCAGUUUCGCUAAGGUGGAUGACGGCUGGGAGAAACCGGACUAUGAUGCCGAAGAGAUCAAAGGGAAUGAACGAGAACGAGAUCGGUAUGGCAGAUAUCAAUAUCCGGAUGCUGAUAUUGAAGGAAACCUAGCUAGGGAUUGGGCAUCAGUAGAUCUACAUCAAGGCAGGGACGGGAUUGAUUCCGGGGAUGAUGACGAUGUGAAAAUGAGAGAUCAUGGGUAUGAGGGUGAGGAUCUCGAGGACAGUGUCAUUGUGGAGAAGGGGGCAAAGGGCGAGGUGCCAUUACCCAAGUCGAGGCCAAACUCAGGGUUAUACAGCAACGGAAUUACCAAGUUCUGUGAAUCGUCAAUUGAAGCCGAGUGCAGCGGGGAGAGAAAGAGAUGA